UAUCUAUGAGAAUAACAUUGAGCAAAGAGAAAGGGAAGCGAUAAAGCCAUCCGGCGGCCGGCUAAAACUCGGGAUUUCUUAGCAAGAGGAGCUGGGGAUAUAUUUGAUGUUUUUCAUCAACUAGAGUCUGAAGUCCUAUGUUAAAGGAGGAAGGAAAAUAAGAAGAAAUUAACCAGUACAAUAUCUGUCAAGAUUGACGCUGUCAACAAGAGCCAAUGACAACACUUUCGGACUUAUUUACGUUGAAAAUACAGUAUUUUUCAAUAAAAUGAGUAGAGAUUAAGAAAAAUUUCUACGUUCUGGAAUGUCAACAACAAUUUUUUAACAAGUGUAGAAUCGUAAGGAUUUAUGACAGUCAAGAAUGACAGAAUUCAAAAUUUCACAUUGCGUGAUUCCCGUGCUUUGCUUGAGUGAGCUGUUUGUAAUAGGCUUGCUAGUGUUCAGCCAUGGAUUUCUUUUGACUAGACAGGUUAUUGAUAUUAACUCAACUUGUCAUGGUUUCACCUCAGAUGAAAGCAUUGAUGCUGAUGUGACAAGAAAUAAAGAGCAGCUGGACUCACAGAAUGGGUGCUGGAUGAAACCCUCCUUUGAAAAGGCUGUUAUUCUUAUUAUUGAUGCCUUACGGUAUGAUUUUGCACAUUUCAAUGUUUCUCUGAGGAAAGAUGAUCCCACACCUUAUCUGAACAAAAUGCCAGUGUUUAGAGAGAUCAUGGAUGCAAAACCCAAAGAAGCAAUGUUAGUUCCAUUCAUUGCUGAUGCCCCCACAACCACCAUGCAAAGGUUAAAGGGGCUUACAACAGGUAGCCUCCCUACCUUUAUAGAUGCCAGUCAGAACUUUGCCAGUGAAGAGAUAAGCGAAGACAACAUUAUUGACCAGCUUGUCAAGCAUCAGAAGGAAGUGAUUGUUUUGGGUGAUGAUACAUGGAAUGGCUUAUUUCCCAGAAGAUUUAAAAGAUCGUUCCUGUUUCCAUCAUUCAAUGUGAUGGACCUUCACACAGUAGACAAUGGAAUUCUCCAACACUUGGAAGAAGAAUUGGAGAAGGAUGAUUGGAAUGUUAUGAUUAGCCAUUUCUUGGGUGUGGACCACUGUGGCCACAGAUAUGGGCCCGACCAUCCUGAAAUGACAGCAAAAUUAGCACAAAUGAAUAACGUAGUUAAGAAUGUGGCAGAUCGUAUAGAGAUGGACACACUACUUUUGGUGUUUGGCGAUCACGGCAUGACCAAGACAGGCGACCAUGGUGGAGACUCUGAAGGCGAAAUAACGGCUGCUCUCUUUGCCUACAGUCCUGGACUCAAUAUGGUGCCUGCCAACCCAGGUAGCAUUCAUCCAGUGCAGGUGUCACAAGUGGAUAUUGUUCCCACUCUUGCUCUGGCCCUUGGUGUUCCCAUCCCAUUCUCUAACCUGGGCAAGGUGGUAGAAGAGUUGCUGGCCAAGAAGGGAGAAUCACCGGCGGAAGUCUUAAACAAGAAAGUUCAGGCGCUUGCACAAAAUGUUCAGCAAGUCCAGAAAUACUUGCAGGAAUACAAGAAAGUCGGCAAUGAACUUUUUGGAGAGUUGUGGAAUAGAUUGGAACAAUUGAAUGGGAAAAUUAAUAAAGAUUUAAAUGAGCUUACUACAAGAGAAAAGAAAAUGGCCUAUACUGAAUACCUAAAUGUUGCAAAAAUGAUGUGCGAAACAGUCUGGGCAAAGUUCAACAUAGCAGAAAUGGCAAGUGGUCUUAUUCUAAUGGUUUCAGUUAUGGCACUUAUUGUGUUGAUGGUGCUCAGUCAAGCGAAUGAUGUAUUGGUCUUGAAGAGGCUGCUGCUUCUUACUGUAGGAGUCAAUUCUUUGUUCAUUUUUACUCCUUAUGCCAGUAUUUCAGUGAUGGGAUAUGUGGCAAGUGGAAUGAUAGUUGUUUGGCUAUAUUUCCACCAUAGAUAUUUGGAUUGCAAGAGCUCAGACAUUAACAUCACAGAUGGCUUUUCUCUGUUUCUAACACUAUGCAUAUACCUAGGGAGUUUUUCAAACAGUUAUGUUGUUGUAGAAAAUUAUGUAAUAUCAUUCAUGCUCUUAUCAUUAAUCAUAAUGUAUUCACUUAUUUCCUUUUUAAGGCGACAAAGAAAGAAGAAUAUGAGUACACUAUCUUGGAAGAAUGUAAAAGUGUCUUUAAAUGUCCGCAAUGUUGUAUGUUUUAUGGCUGUAAUUGUCCUGCUGGUGUCUGUACGAGGGAGCUCUUCAUACUGGAAAUGCCGUGAAGAACAGUCGUGGUGUGUUCCCAGCCAGGUUCACACCCCCAUGAAUGGUCUGCCAGAGAGCUUCAGAAACUGGAGAUACUUUACUAGCUUGUUUGCCCUUGUUCUGUUGGUGUGGUUGCCUCGACGAUGGCUCAUUAUGUGUGGCAAUUUGAAUGGUUCAAGGCUUGGAGUUCUUUUAGUGAGUUAUGUCCCAGUCAUUACAGGGGUGUUUGUAGCUGCUCACUGGGCUCUACAGGCUGCACCUCUGCAGAACUCUCCACUCAGUGAGCAUGCUGUAGUCCCUCCACGAUUAACAUUUGCUGUUACUAUAUUAUUUGUUGUAGCCAUGUACUGCAUUCCCUUGCUGAUAUAUGAGGUGCCUCCUAAGAAAAGCUUUGGACCUGUUGUUAACCAUCCUUAUGGCUUUGUACCUCAAGUGUAUCAUAAGCUCAUUGAAAAAUACCAUGAUGGUAACUCCAAGAACUCCAAUAUUCCUGUAGUAUAUGGACUGGCUACAGCAGUGUCUGCCCCAGUGGUAAGCAUAGUGACUGCACUCUUAGUUGUACUGACUAUGCUUGCUGGUGAUGGCUUGGCACCAGCAGUCCUAGUUCUUGUUGUCACUGCAACAUCUUGCUUCGUGGUACACGCUUUGUGUUCAUGGAUGACAGCAAAUAAUAUUGAAACAUUGCUGAAACCAUCUUGGGCAGCCCUCUGUGUCUGGUUCAUCCUGAGUGUUCAUGGAUUCUAUGUAACUGGGCAUCAGCCAACCUUCUCCUCAUUGCACUGGUCUGCUGCAUUUGUAGGAUUUACUGGUGAUUGGGGUGGCAGCAACUUCUUCCCUACUCUCCUUGUGGGCAUCAACACUUUCAUGGCACAGAUUCUCUUUGGUAUAUCAUUGCCAUUAAUUGUGUUAGCGCCACUAGCCAUAGGAGUGGCCUUUCCAAGACUACGAGGCAACAGACUAGAGUCUGAAGAAACAAGUCGAGGAGAGUUCUUAUUGGUGGAUCGGCCAGAGAAAGCUAAGGAGGCAGUCUUGUUUACUGCAGUAUCUUACAUCCUCCUCCAUGCAGCAAAAGUAUUUUGCUCAUCCCUCUCUGCGUUUGUUUUACGACGCCAUUUGAUGGUCUGGAAGAUCUUUGCCCCACACUUUAUUUUUGAGGCUGUAGGAUUCUUGGUGACAUGCUGCUGUGUGGUCCUCAGCACUGUCUUCUUCCUCAGAGUACUGAAGGUCCUGUAUGCAUGGAGUGAGCAGCUCCGCAUAAAGAACACUUAAACGACAAUGUCACAUUGUUCUAAAUUAGAAAUUAUUUUAUGGAAAAGACUGUUGUUAGAGACAUGUGUAUAUAAAUUAAUGGUAGUAGCCAUGUGGUUUUUGUUUUGUCUACUGAAGAUUUGAGAUGUCUGAUUUGUCAUUAGCUAUAUCAUAUUUUUGAUACUUAAGGAAAAAGCAUUUAUAUUGUGCAGUUGUGUCUUUUGUAUUGGAGCAUUGUUGAUCUGAAUAAUUUCAUAUAUAUGGUUAUAUGACAGUGUAUUAUACAGUUUCAUUGAGAGAAUUGUUAUUAACUUAUAUGAAAAUGCUCCUGAGAACUUUUAUACUAUAAAAUGAAAAUGUAGAUAAUAAAUAAUAUAAGAAUACUAUUCAGACCAAAUGUGUAUCCUUGUUCAUAUUUAAUAUUUUGCUCAAUAUUGUUGUAAACAAUACCUGUAUACAAGCUGUGCUACUAAAAGUUCUUAUUACUGGG